CCCCAACGCGCUCCUACUCGUCACGUUGGGCUGCUACUAGUCCUCAGUCUCAUCGCUUUGCAUGGUCCGCCGGCAAUCGCACAUUGAGAUCGACCAUGGACUACGCACCAUCAAUGCUCAGGUCGAGUCCCUUCAGCAACGCGAGGACGAGCUAGCCCGUGCCCUUGCAGAGGUUCAAGCCAAGAAACGCUCACUUCUACAACAACGUGUCCAACUCGAGAUCCAGAAACAACCUAUCAAUUGGCUUCCCAGCGAACUUCUCUGCCGCGUAUUCUACCACGUCAUCUGGCAAGAGCCUAUGAACGACAAGGAUCCGCGUUUUUCAGCGCAGCGACGCACAUUCUACCCCGAUGCCAUCACCCUCUCCCACGUGUGCGGUAGCUGGCGUCAGGUUGUUCUUUCGACCUCCCGUUUGUGGGCGUACAUUUCGUACCGAACCCGACGAUGGUCUCCCAAAGCACUUGGUCAUUCGUUGGAGAGGGCCGGGACUAGCCCUGUCGACCUCGUCUACUCUGUCCGGGCUUGCGACGUUCGUACUAAGAGGGACGCGCAUGAAGAGGUUCGCACAGGAAAACGAUUGAUUCGAGCGAUCAUCCGGCGCUACUCACACCGCCUACGUUCACUGCAUCUCACAUUUCACGAAAUGGCAGGCAUGGACGCAAUCGUAACGGCACUUUCACGGCUGUACUUCCCCAUGCUCGAGCAGCUCGAACUCAAUGCUCCUCCCACCAAACAUCAGCAUUUAUCGUCUGAAACGUCAACACUGAACUUUCUUCGGCAGUCUCCGACAAGUUGGUUCAACUCCCUGACCAGCAUGCACGUGCAGAGAGUCCCUCUCAGAUGUUUCUCGCGUCAUGUAGUAACCAACUUACGUGCACUAAAGCUGUCUUUCUAUUCCAAAGAAUCAUUGCUACCAGCCGACGAACUCUUUCAGUUCCUCGCCUAUGCACCGCGGAUUGAAGACCUUACCCUCGAUAAUGUUUGGUUCGACUGGAAACAAUCCACGGCAACAUCUUCUUCCAACAUAGAGGCCGAUAACCUUCCAAGCGCAACCCUUCCCAGGCUCCAUCGGUUCACUUGGCAUGGCGCUUCCGCCGUUCACGUUGGCAGACUGAUGUCCUCUCUGCACAUGCCCCGCCUACAGUUCUGGGACCUGAUCGUCCUCGGCACGUUCGAUUCACACGACUGUCUCGCCGCCCUCGCCCGCCACGCGUGGCAGGGAAGCUUACCAAUGCCGCCCAGCAACCCGCCGCCCAAGGGCGUCCACACGCUCAGCGCACUCAGCGAUCUCACUGUACAGUGCCACGACGCGGAUGAGCUUGGGGAAAUCCUGUGCAUGUUCACGUGCCCGGCGCUCGAGCGGCUCGAGCUCGGCUUCCUCGAUCCCGACAUGGCUGUCCGCGCGGGCACGACAAAGCUCGACCUCCCGCGCGCGGGUAGCCUCUUCAGGGACCCGCGUCUCCCCGCGCUGACGCACCUCGUGCUCUCGGAUUUUGUGCUCGGGGGUGGGCGGGGUUGUGGAGGAACUAUGCGGGGUAGCAAACGUGAACGUGAGAUGGAGGUCGAGGAUGUGGCGAUGUUGCGGUACAUGCCGGGCUUGGUGUCGUUGACGCUCGUGGUGUGUGCAGGCGCGGGUGUGCUGCUGCGCGAGCUUGCGCGGACGUGUCCGAGCGGCAGGUUGUCUGGGAAUUCAGUUGCUUGGGACCAAGGGGUCGGCGCGCGCGUGUGCCCGAAGCUAGAGGAGAUCACGCUCAUGAGCUGCCGGGAUGUGGCCUUCACAGACAUUGUCCACGUCGUACACCUGCGCUCCGGCCAGCAGCGCACGACUCCUUUAGUGGCUUUAGAUGUGAACACCAAUGGCGACACUCGCGCUCCUCCAGCGUCCGGCGCCUGCCUGUCUGAUUCCGGUCCUCCGAACCCCAACACGGUCGCAUCAGCCGCUGCCUGUGAUGCGCCUCCACCUCCAGACCCACCCACGCUCGUCCAGCGCAAGAUCGUACCUCUCCGGCGCAGGCUGAAGCAGACUGCGCAAGACCCCAGUGCGCAGAGUAGCCAUGCUCCAACGGGAGGGCUUUGGACAAUGCCGAUGACGAUGUUCUCGAUGGGCGAGGCGCUGCGCCCCGCGAAACUGGUGUGUGUGUACAUCGACGACUGUCCCCUUGUGACGAGGAGAGAUGCGGACGCGCUGGAGGGUAUGGGUGUUAUGGUGUCGUAUUCGUGAUCUUUUAGUAAUUUCGGAAGCAUCAGUGUUUAGAAAGACUGCCAUCUGGCUCGCAAUGUGUGCAAGUC